CAUUAAUAAUAUGAAAUGACGAUAAUAUAUUUCAAAUCAGUAGCAUAAGUUUUGUUCAGUAAGUCUCGAUGUCUCUCGAAACAUCCAUCUAUUAUUUUACUGUACUUAAUUAUUACCAAAAGUAAUUGAAAGUUCUGAAUUGUGUUUUGAUAAAAUAAACGAAAAAAAUUUGCUGAUUUCAAUGCGAUGACCGAUUUCGUCGCCGGCUGUAUUGGAGGGUGUGCGGGUCUUGUUGUUGGAUACCCUCUGGAUACAAUCAAGGUCCAUUUACAAGUUCAAAGUUAUAAUAAUCCAGUUUAUCGAGGAACAUGGCACUGUUUUCAAUCCAUCCUUUACAAAGAAUCGAUCACCGGAUUCUACAGAGGAUUAUCUUCACCAUUAGCCGGAGUAGCAGCAAUAAACGCCAUUUUAUUUGGUGUCUACGCUCAAUGCCAAAAAUUCAUAAUAAAAGACCCACAAAACCUGAGCUCGCAUUUUUUAGCGGGCGCCAUAGCAGGCCUGGCCCAAUCGCCCGUUACAUCCCCCCUCGAGUUAGCGAAAAUGCGCCUGCAGCUUCAAGAUAGCUCUAACCCAACGUAUUCAGGUCCAGUAUCAUGUCUCAAAGACAUUUUUCGUAAUCACGGUAUCCGCGGUAUCUUUCGGGGUUUCUGGAUAACAACUUUCCGAGAUGUCCCCAGUCUGGGUUUAUAUUUCGCUACAUACGAGGCCCUUACCCGGGAUAUUUACAUAAAUUUUAGCUUGACCUCAAACAAUAUCAAUGAAAUAACAAACAAAGAAACCACAACCCUCCACAUGCUUAUCGCUGGUGGACUUGCCGGCACCGCAUCCUGGAUCUUCACUUAUCCAAUAGACGUUAUCAAGUCACGCAUUCAAGCUGAUCAAAAUGGCCGGUACAAAAACAUUAUCGACUGUUUUAAUAAAUCACUCAAGGAUGACGGGGUACGUUGUCUAUUUCGCGGGCUAAAUUCAACUAUUUUACGCGCUUUUCCUUCUAAUGCCGUAACUUUUACUGUCGUUAAUUGGACUCUCAGGUUAUUUAAUUAUGAGGAUAAAAAAAAACAUUUUGAGGUUGCAGACAAUUUUUCAGCUAAGGAUCAUAAUAAUAAUAAUUAUCAUAAUAAUAAUAAUCAAUAUCCAUGCAAUACGUUAUUUAAAUUUAAUUUAUUUUCUAAUAGUAUUUUAGAUAAUAAUCUUAAUUUAUGCAGACGUGUUGCUAUUUGCCAUGAUAAUUAUUAUUAUUUACGUAAAGAAAAUAAUGAUAUUAAUAAUUUUAAACAAGGAAAUGAUGAUUUUAAAGAAAAAAAAUAUUUACAAUGUUUAUAAUU